ACGGGGGAUGAGGUGUCCUCCAAAUUCAUGAUGAUGUGACUAAGAACCUGGCCGAGUAAGAAGCCCACUUCAGCCUCGGUCCUCCUCCCCGGAGUCACAGUGAUGGGUGUGGCUGACACUCUCCUCAGCAGUGUGCGGCACCGAGCAGCCAGAGGGAAGCACGUCUCCUGCUCGCUGACUGACACAGCCCGACUACUCUCCAUGCACCGGGUGCCUCAGCACUGCUGACUGACUGGAGCCAGGACUACUCUCCGUGCACCCUGUGCCUCAGCACUGCUGACUGACUGGAGUCAGGACUACUCUCCGUGCACCCUGUGCCUCAGCACUGCUGACUGACUGGAGCCAGGACUACUCUCCAUUCACCGUGUGCCUCAGCACUGCUGACUGACUGGAGCCAGGACUACUCUCCAUGCACCCUGUGCCUCAGCACUGCUGACUGACACAGUUCGACUACUCUCCAUGCACCGUGUGCCUCAGCACUGCUGACUGACUGGAGCCAGGACUACUCUCCAUGCACCCUGUGCCUCAGCACUGCUGACUGACACAGCUUGGCUACUCUCCAUGCACCCUGUGCCUCAGCACUGCUGACUGACUGGAGCCAGGACUACUCUCCAUGCACCGUGUGCCUCAGCACUGCUGACUGACUGGAGCCAGGACUACUCUCCAUUCACCGUGUGCCUCAGCACUGCUGACUGACACAGCUCGACUACUCUCCAUGCACCGUGUGCCUCAGCACUGCUGACUGACUAGACACGUUGUAGGAGCAGGGACUACUGCUGACAGAGAGAAGCCGGGGUUUCCUAAGAACAGGGCUGGUCAUGAGAAGGAGCAGUGCCCCGUGAGCCGUGCAGCAGCGCCUGAGCUCCGUCCGCCGUUGGGUUGCACGACCUGGAUUUAUAUAUAGCAGUGACAUCCAACCAGCAUGGCAUCUGUGGCCCUCCAGGUUAUGAUUGGGUUAACUGCGUACAUCAGUUGGAUCUCAGGAUCUUCACAUCCGCAGGCAAGAGUGACUUUGACAUUCGAUGAGCUUCAACAGACAAAGACGUCAGAGUUUUACAGUAUAUCCCAGGGCCCCCUGGACUACAGAAUAUUGCUAAUGGAUGAAGAUCAGGAUCGAAUCUAUGUGGGCAGCAAAGAUCAUAUUCUGUCUCUCAACAAUAACAACAUUAGUCACAAUCCUCUGAGUGUUUUCUGGCCGGCUUCUACAAACAAAGUUGAAGAGUGCAAGAUGGCUGGCAAAGAUCCCACACAUGGCUGCGGAAAUUUCGUACGUGUAAUUCAAAGCUUCAAUCGAACUCAUUUGUACAUUUGUGGAAGUGGAGCCUUCAGUCCUAUUUGCACAUAUGUCAACAGAGGGCGCAGGUCUGAGGACCAUCUAUUUUUAAUUGAUUCCAAGAAUGAAUCUGGGAAAGGGCGCUGUUCUUUUAACCCCAAAGUGAACACUGUUUCUGUUAUGAUCAAUGAAGAGCUCUUUUCGGGAAUGUAUAUUGAUUUCAUGGGCACCGAUUCUGCCAUUUUUCGCAGUCUUACAAAACGAAAUCCAGUGAGAACGGAUCAGCACAACUCCAAGUGGUUAAGUGAGCCAAUUUUUGUGGAUGCCCAGAUCCUGCCAGAUGGAACAGAUCCAAAUGAUGCAAAAGUUUAUUUCUUUCUCAAAGAAAGGUUGACUGACAACAGUGGCAGCACAAAGCAAAUCCAUUCCAUGAUAGCAAGAGUUUGCCCAAAUGAUAUUGGUGGACAAAGAAGUCUUGUUAACAAGUGGACAACAUUUUUAAAGGCACGGCUUGUGUGCUCAGUGAUGGAUGAUGAUGGGACCGAGACUCAUUUUGAUGAGUUAGAGGAUGUUUUUCUCAUGGAAGCAGACAAUCCUCGAUCUACUCUUGUCUAUGGAAUUUUCACAACUUCAAGCUCAGUCUUUAAGGGGUCUGCAGUAUGUGUUUAUCACAUGUCUGAUAUUCAGACUGUUUUUAAUGGUCCAUUUGCACACAGAGAAGGUCCAAACCACCAGCUGAUUCCUUACCAGGGUAGAAUUCCCUAUCCAAGGCCUGGGACGUGCCCAGGGGGUGCUUUUACUCCAAAUGUGCUCACAACUAAGGAAUUCCCGGAUGAUGUUGUUACCUUCAUAAGAAACCAUCCACUUAUGUUCAACUCAAUUUAUCCAGUGCAUAAGAGACCUCUUUUAAUAAGAACAGGCACCGACUACAAGUAUACAAAAAUAGUGGUGGACAGGGUAAAUGCAGCAGAUGGGAAGUAUCACAUCUUGUUUCUCGGGACAGACAAGGGAACAGUACAGAAAGUGGUUGUUCUUCCUGGUAACAGCUCCUCUAGUGGAGAGCUAAUUUUAGAAGAACUGGAAGUUUUUAAGAGUCAUGCUCCUAUUAAGUCAAUGAAGAUUUCUUCAAAAAAGCAACAAUUGUAUGUUAGCUCUGAAGAAGGUGUCACUCAGCUCUCUUUACACCGCUGUCAUAUUUAUGGGCCUGCAUGUGCAGACUGCUGCCUGGCCAGGGACCCUUAUUGUGCCUGGGAUGGAAACUUCUGUUCUAAGUUUUACCCUUCUGGGAAAAGAAGAAGCAGAAGACAGGACAUAAAACAUGGAAAUCCAGUUACCCAGUGCCGUGGAUUUAAUCUAAAAGAGUAUAGGAACACUGAAGAGAUUAUUCAGUACGGAGUCAGAAAUAACACAACUUUCUUGGAGUGCAUUGCAAAAUCUCCACAGGCCUCUGUCAAAUGGCUUCUGCAGAAAGAUAAUGAUCGAAGGAAAGAGGUGAAGCUGAAUGAAAGGUUAAUUUCUACUGGUCAAGGGCUGCUUAUCCGAUCUGUUCAGGACAUUGACCAAGGAUUGUAUCACUGUAUAGCCACAGAGAAUUCAUUUAAGCAAACCAUAGCAAAAAUCAAUUUGAAAAUCUUAGACCCAGAGCUUGUAACUUUCAUGACUGACAAAGCUCAGUGGAUCUGGGCCAGCACAUUGAGUGGACUCACGUUUCACCCCAAGGACCUCACUGGAUCAUUUAGUCACUCCGAGAUGCAGAUAAUUAACCAAUACUGCAAAGAGAGUAGGCAGAAGAAAAACCCAGUCCCAGAAAUCCCCAAGCACAAAGGGGAAUAUAGCAAGCUAAAACUCCUUAUGAAUACCAGGAAAAGCAGGAACCGGAGAAAUCAAUUGCCUGGGUCUUAAGGAUUUGCUGCUCUUCCAAUCACCGUUAUGAGUAGCGUUACAAACCACCUAGCUGCAAACAGAAUGACCCAAAAAUUAUAAAAACCCAAUUGGCUUAUUUAAGGAGUUUCUGCUCUUCUAAUCACAGUUAUGAGUAGUGUUACAAACCACCCAGCUGCAAACAGAAUUUAAUUUUUUUUCUAAACCCAACUUGCUUAUUUAACAAUAACAUCAAGUCAACCUAUGAUAUGGAAGUCCUUCUUUUAUAGCAGCAGCUAAAUGCCCAAGCAGUUUAGCAUGUUUCACUGAUGUCAAAUCGUUGGUGGAACAUGCCACAUAGCCUUGUUUUUUCUCUUUAUGUGUUAGCAUAAAUUUGCUAUUAUUAAACCUUAUUUAUUAGAUUUUUUAUUCAGAUUGUAAUUAAUUGCAACAAACACUGUUGGUCCAGAGUCUAUUUAUACUUCUGACUGUAGAAAUGUAGAACCUUCUAAAUGUAAUAGAGUGCUCCAAGAACGUGUCUUAAUACAUUAUGUUACAGAGGACCUAUAACUCCACAGUACUUUUAGCAACGUACUAUCAUGCAAUAAUUUGUUGGUAAGAUAAAGCAAUGAAAUGUUUUAUGUCCAUGUUGUAUGUAUUUUGAUACAUAUACAUUGUUAUGUGGGAUAAUUUAACAACUGCUGUAACCCAUAUUAGUGUAGGAAUCAGAAGGAAAUAGGAAAGUAAUGUAAAUCAUGGUUGGGAAAGAAAGAAGAUGGUAUGAGAGAGAGAGGAAAGGGGUGAGGGCUAAUGUUAGAAGAUUCUGAUAGGUCUCCAUUUAAAAGGAAUUGUGAACGUCUGUAUUAAAACAAUUGUU